CCUUGAUUGGCCUGUUCCAAUUUGUUUUUAAAUAGUUGGCGGGUGGUUUGGAAUUGCAAUGUUAUUUAUGUAAAUUGACAUUGAUCUGCUGUUCUUCAACAUGUCUUUUCCAAGAGCGAAUAUCAAGCGAUUCAAUGAAAAUAAUGGCUGUGCUCCACCUCCUGGAACCUAUGACCCCAAAUUAAAAGACAAAGCUGCUGGGGGAGUUGUGGACAAGACGGAGAGAUUCAAAGCACCAAAAGUCGAUCAGAGGACAUUUGCUGACCCAGAAAAUGUUAGCACAGUGAGUGCUAGUACUCCUGCCAAGAAGGCCCUUAAUCUAGGAGGAUCGUCAACUCGAAAGGCCUCAACUUCUGCGGACUCUAGCCAAAUCAAAGAUUUGGAGAAAGAGAUCCGGCGGCUGUUGACUGAGCGCAGUGACAAGGAGCGGCAGCUCUCCCUGAAGGAGGACAGCCUGAGGAAGCUGGAGGGGAGGCUACACAACACUCAGCUCGAGAAGACUGCACUGCAGGCACGUAUUGUCAGCGCUGAGAAGGAGCUAAAUGAGGCCAAGAAGGCUACAGAGCUGCUUAAGACUAAGGUGUCAGGCAGUGAGAACUGGGCCAAGAAGCAUGAAGAGGUCCAGGCAGAAGUGGCGUCCCUGCUCGGUCAAGUGCGCGAUAAGGAGGCGGAGAUCUUGCGCUUGCAAGGGGAGCUAACUGUAGCACUAGCCACCCUUGUGGAUGAGGUCACAUGGUUUGAGGCCAGCCUUGAGACACUGGAGAAGGCACUACUUCCAAAAGAUUCUGAAGGCAGGUGUGUAGAACUGAGGGUAGAUGGUACUGUGUCACCAAUACUGCAGAAUAAAACUGACAUAAUGGAGUUCAAAGACGAAAAGCUCUCAACAGAAAACAGACUUUCUCUUAUAAAGACACAUUAUCAGGGCCUGCAUGAGAGGACAGGGGCCAUCAUCUCUCAUCUGGAGGCCAAGUCAGGCUCACUGAAGGUGCAGUACACCAUCCUCAUAUCAGAGAACAUGAGACUUCAGGAUGCGCUUGGCGACGUACAGGCCCGACUGCAAGAUGCCGUGUCAGAGAAGUGUGCACUGGAAAGGCACAGAGAUGAAGUGUUUGAAGCAAAAUGUACUAUGGAAGUUCAGGUACAUCAGCUGGCUGAGAAAAACACUGCAGCUAAUGAGAACCUCAAGAAGUUAACAGUAAAUAUUGAAGAACUGCAGAUGAGCAAAUCUACGUUACAAGAGCAAUUUACUGAACUUAAGCUUGUACACGAAACAGCGUGUAAAGACAGUGCUGCUAAAAUUAAAUAUCUUGAAGACCGAGAAACAAUUGUUUGUGAAACUACAUCAAGUUUGCAUGAGAGAAUUGUGGAACUGCAGGCAGAAAAUGAAGAUCUAGCUGCAACCUUGAAAGAAACUAGUGAGCUUCUUUGUAAAACAAAGGAGGAAAACUGCCAGCUUAAAAAUAUGUUAAAGGUAGCUGAAAGUGAAUGGCAAGCAGAAAAAAAACAGUUCUUAAUUCAAGUGGAAGAAUUAGUUUUUGAGAAAUCCAAGAUGGAAGGUGAAUUGACUGAGUCUGAAAACAAGGUGAAACUGCUAGAGUGUGACAUUGUUGACCAAAAAGCUUUCACUGAAGAGCAGAUAGAGGCUCUGAACAAUCAGUUGAAGGAAGAGCAAGAAGAGUUUGUGCAGCUUAAGAAUAAACUGGGAGAUUUGGUGUACGAAAAGUCUCAGUUGCACAUGGAAAUCGGUCAUCUUGAAGCUCAGAUGAAGAUCAUGAAAUCUGAGUGUGAGGAAACUAAGUCAGAAGCUGACAAGGCUGUUGUCAGCUUGCAUGAUCGGGUUGUGACUCUGGAGAAAGAGAGUGAAACAUUCCAGACCAAGGUAUCGGUGCUUCAAAAUGAGAACGAAACCCUUCAAUCGACACUAGAAAAGUUCCAGGUCGAUUUUGAUGAGUACUCUACAAAAAGCAUGACAGAAAGAGAUGAAGCUCAGAGCAAGAUUGUUGAGCUUAGUGAGCAGGUCGGGGCACUCACUGAGCAGAGAGAGAAACUCAGUAAGGAUCUUGACGAAUGGCAGCUGGAGAAGACAGAACUGGACAUGGAGAUAGCUACCCUGCAGGGAAGGGUCAAAGUGCUGGAGAUGGAGAAAACAGAGCUGCAGGAAGACUAUGAGACACGGCUGGGUGAGCGAGAUAGGGAGCUGGUGAGGGUGCAGGGGGACUAUGAGACGCUGCUGGGUGACCGUGACAGGGAGCUGGUGAGGGUACAGGGGGACUAUGAGACGCGGCUGGGUGAGCGAGAUAGGGAGCUGGUGAGGGUGCAGGGGGACUAUGAGACACGGCUGGGUGACCGUGACAGGGAGCUGGUGAGGGUGCAGGGGGACUAUGAGACGCGGCUGGGUGAGCGUGACAGGGAGCUGGUGAGGGUGCAGGAGGAGAGACUUCAGCUAGAGAGGAACAUGGAACAGUACGGCAUUGACCUGCUCUCCAACGCUGGCCACCUCAGGACUGUUCAGGAGCAGCUGCAGGGUAAGUUAACAGAGCUCCAAACAUUGGAAGAAGACCACAAGCAACUGAAGGCAAAUAUUGCAGAGAAAGAGGAAUGUCUGUCUAGAGUACAAUCAGAAUUGACGGCUCUCCAGCAGUCUUGUGAAAGUAACACUUUUAAGCUUGAAAAGAGUGGAGCAGACAACAAGCAGCUGCAAGAAAGAUUGAAUGAAAAGGAGACCUCAUUAUCAAGUGUUCAGGCGGAAUUGAUAGAUCUACAGAAAUCAUACGAUAUGAAAUGUGUAGAAGUACAGGAUCAGCUGGGGGAGGUGGAGCGUCUGUCAGACCAGCUGCAGACCCAGGGGGAGAAGUAUGAGGAUCUAGACUGCCGCUACCAGCAGACCAGGGCCGACUUCAUCAGGCGCUGUGAUGAGAGGGAUGAGUUGUUCAGGAAGAAUGAAGCCAAGGACGCCAGUCUCCAGCUCAUGUCACGGCAGCUGCUGGACAUACAGGCAGAAGUCAAGGAGGCCCAGGCAGCGCUGGAAGAAAAAACAAAGGAAAAUGAUUCGCUGAAAUCCCAGAUGAUGGACAAAGAGGUGGAGCUAGUGUCAGCCAAUCAGAAGGUCUCAAACUACAAGCAGCAGAUAGAAGACUAUAAGGAACAUCUUCAAAGCAAGAGUGAUGAGUGUGAUGACCUGCAGAUGAAGUGUGAGGAGAUGGACGUGGAGCUGUCCAUGGCUGCCAGGGAGGCCGUAGACCUGCAUGAGCGGGUGGACGCUCUCAGAAAGUAUAACUGUUUCCUGUAUGAGAAGCUGAUCUGUGUAACCUACGCCGGGUACCAGAUCAUGGAAGACCAGUGUACUAAAGAGGGGGAGACAGAGCAGGGCGAGGUGGAGAAGACUGAGAUAGUGUCCAGGUAUGAGAAAGAGCUGUCUGAGUUGAGGGAGCAGGUGAUGUGCAUCUCCAGCACCAGGCAGCUGGAGGAAGACCUCGACAAGUAUCGCAGGCUGUAUGAGGAGCUACAGGCCAAGGUGGAGCCUUUCAUGGAGCAGCUGGACGCCUUCCAGUUGGAGAAAAACAUGCUUCUAGGUCAGACUCGUGACACCCAGGCAGAGAUGGCUAAACUAGGCCGAGACUAUGCCCUGCUGCUUGGCAACCAAAACCAGAAGCAGAAGAUCAAACAUGUUGCCAAGCUGAAGGAGGAGUAUGGAGAAAUGAAAAAGGAGAACUUUGCACUUCGUGACCAAGUGGAGAAACUAAAGAGACAGGUGCGAAAAAUGGAAGACAAGGUGGCCCCACGGCGAUUUGACCUCUCCAAGCCAUUUGCUGGCUCCAAGGAAAAUCUCUCCAACACUUCAGUGGCGAAAUCACCACUUAAAGAAGUGAACAGAAAGUAAGCCAUUCUCCAUCGAAAAAUUGUCCACAGUGAAGUCUUGGCUGUAUCCAAACUGUAGUUAUAUUCACCAUCAAACAAGGACUACCCUCUGAAUAGAUGAAAGUGGAUAGCAAGUGAUCCGGGAAGCUAGGCCCUAGAAUAUAUCAUGCACAACAUCAUUUUUCCUGUGAGGUGAUAGGAACAAAGUUAAAACUUUGCAUAAUAAUAGUAUGAGCCUAAUCGAGCAGUGGUUUAAAGUAAUUGCUUCGAAAGCGGCACUAUCUACAAUUUGUAUUGCAGUUUAGUAGGUGUUGCUUUCCUGAGGCUUGUCUUAUUAAACAUCUGAGGACAUUCAAUUAUAAUUAGAUUUAAGACGAAGCAUUAAUGGAAAGAACCAACAUUUAAAGUUAUUAGUAUUGAAUUUCAUACAUUUUAUGAUUUUUAUUUAAUGAAGAUUUUGAUAAUAAUAUUUUAUUUAAUUUUUUGGAAGUACAAAAUCAAGUUGUAGAUUUUGUUAAUUAUCAGAGCUUAGAUAAGACAGGAGCCUUUAUGGAAAUAUUAGUGUAUUAAUACAGUUGUAUUUAUAUUUAUGUUGUAGCUAUUAGAUGUUUGAAUUUCUUCAGUGUUUUUCUAUGUGAAUUGCUGUCAUACUGUCUUACCCGUAAUUGUUUUUUUGUCUAUUUGAACAUUGGCCAUACUAACUUGCUAACAUGUUUUAGUUUCCAUCUAUUGUUAUUUUGUGUUUUUAAUCUUUACAUGCCUUAUGAUUUUAUGCUUCUUUUACUUUGUAAAUAGUGAUAAGUAUUCACAUUUGAAUACUUUUUUAGAAGACUGUCAGGGCGUAAACAGUAUUUCACCAUUAUAUGAUAAAUCGGGGAAAAAAUGAAAUUGUACAAAUACUUACACAAUGAAAUUCAUUGCACGUGUUGGUUUAUAAACAGUAUAUCAGCACUUGUUAAGACGAAUAAUACUCGAUUUUCAAUCAACAUUUUAUUAAGAAAUGAAGCAAUAAUGUUAGCCAGGUGAAAUCAAUUUGAGGUGUCCGUGACUCUGAAUCAGGGGUUAGAUUUUGUCCUUUCAACUGAUUUACUGCCUUUUCAGUGCCACAAUAUCUCAAUAUUACAUGAUAUGUUAAAAGUGGAGUUUUGAUGUUCGAAGUCGCAGGACGAUUGAACAAUUUAAUAAUCAAGGGCGAAUGCGAAUUCGAUAUCCCUGUCGUUUAUUUUUAUUUGUACAAUUUCAUAUUUGUAUUAUGUAUUUUCUUUAGUAGUAAAUAUAACAGUGUGUCGUUUAGCAAAUAAUAAAUAGUGAAUAAAAUCUGAAAACAA